AUUUGACCAAGAUUAUUUACAACGAUGCUAAAAAUAGCAAUUAUGAAUCAACAGAGGAUAUGACCCUCGGUCUCUUGAAAAUUAUAAACUUGACAUAAAUUAUUUAGUAAAAGAGAGAUGUACAUUAAACUUUUUAUUUUAGGUUAAGUAAUAAAGUUUACGCGUUAACAUAAAUUGCAAUGCAAAAUGGAAACUAGAUUCACUUUUAAACUUUUUGUGCAUGUACAAGUAAACACCACUAUGAAUGUAAACCGGUGCAAUACACCGGUUUACAUCAAAAGCAGUAUCAAUGACUUAGAAUAGACCAAUAAGAAACGAACACAUAAUAUAUAGGGACUAAUUAACUUCUUUUACAAAAUGAUAAAUGUGUAGGUCUCUCUUCUUAUUUCCUAUAUAAGAAGCAUCAAACAUUGCUUUCUUAUUCCCCUAAGGUUUUAGCAAAAUUUCUUCUUUCCCUUGCAAAACUUUGAAGAUAAUCUCCUAUGAAUUAUGGGAGAAACCUAAACCAAAAAUCACAUCAUCCACAUAUCACAUCAUUCACAUAGUAAUUUGCAUCAUCUUUUAUAAUAAACAAAAAUAAAAUAAAAACAUUAAAAGCAUGACGUUUUCGUGUCGUCGAGUAUCAAUCCGUAUCUAAAAAAAAACCUCCAUUCAAGUGAUCUUUUCCCCUUUUUUUUGUGUUUCUUUCUCUAAUUUUAUGCCUCAAGAAACUUUAAGUAAAUCAAUCAUAAACGUUUGAAUUUUCUCAUCUAAAUAUUUUUUUUUGAUUUUGAGUUUUGUUUCCUAUCAUUUGCACACCUUCCUCCUCCAUAUUUUUUCUGUUAGAUCUCUUUGAUUUCUCUGAGAUUUUUGGACGUAGAAAAAAAACUUCCUUCUCAGGGUAAGGUUUCGUACGUUUUGAGCCAUUUUGAAAAAAAUGCCUUUCCGUUCUAAAGUCCAGCCUAUCAACAUCAAUGGUGUAGCGAUGAGACAAGCGCCGAGAUCACGACUGAAGCGGCUUUUUGAACGUCAGUUCUCUCUGAAGAACUUAGCCGGUGUAGAUUCAUCGCUUUCUAGAAGCAAUCCGGAAGAAUUCGAACCUAGCUCGGUCUGUUUGAGGAGGAUGGUUCAGAACUAUAUCGAGGAUCCAGACAGUGAGACACAAUCACAGUGCAUUGUUCGUAACCACUUCAACUGCUUCAGUGGAAGUGGCACUGAUAGCUCCGACGAGGACGAAGAAUCUUCUUCUUCCAGCAGAGUUCUUCGAAGCCUCAAGAGUCUGUUACUUUGUGCUAACGUCUCUGAGAGUGAUCUUGAGACAAAAGCCAGCGAGAUUGUCAAGAGAGAGGUUGAAGAUAAGUCCAGACUGAAGAAUGUUGCUGAUGAACUGGUGGCUUUAGGCUAUGAUGCAGCAAUAUGCAAAUCUCGCUGGGAGAAAUCAAAAUUGAAAUCGUAUCGUGUUCCUGCUGGGGACCAUGAGUACUUGGAUGUUAACAUCGGAGGAGAAAGAGUGCUCAUCGACAUCGAUUUCCAAUCGAAGUUUAAGAUUGCUAAACCAACCAAGACUUACGAGUCGAUAUCGAAGACAUUGCCUAACAUUUUUGUUGGACAAGUUGAGAGGUUAAAGAAAGUUGUGGUGUUUGUGUCUAAAGCUGCAAAGAAGAGCUUCAAGAAGAAAGGGCUAUUUAUGCCACCAUGGAGGAGAGCAGAGUAUUUGUUAACCAAAUGGGUGUCUCAAUAUGAUCGUGCUAAGCAAACUCAAAGAGAAACCAGUGGAGAAGCUGGUGCUGCCGAGAAUUAAAUAAAUGAUAGUAGCUUACUUAUGAAUAAAACUUUGGAUUUUACUCCCUUUUAAGGGUAUGAUUUUAACGAUCAUGAUCAUAUCCUCUUGGUUUUCUUAAGAUUUCUUCUGAUCCCUUGUAGAAGAAACCAAUCUUUCUUUUGAGUCUGUUUAUUUUCAUCGCAUUGACUAAAAAAUCAUUAUAAUCUAAAUCCAGUU